AGUUCGUGACGAGCGGCACGAAAGAACAUAAACAACAGAUGAUGUCACGAGGAAGGGGGAGAGAGAGCCUGGAAGGUGCUAGGGCCAACGUGACUGCAUGACGUCACGGCCCACCGACCAAUCCGCGUCCGAUCCCGGAGAUCUAUCCAGGCGCCUCUGUCACGUUUUCCGCAGUGUGCUCCCUUCAUUCGAGUGUGUGGGUUCGUCAACUCUGUUCCAUGAACGAAGGCUGGGUGAUGACGAAUCGCCAGGCCAGUGACACCGCCACGUCGUCCGUUCGGCACCGAAGCGCCAAACAUUCCUCCAGGCCCAAGCACUCCGUUCACUGGUUCCGACGAGGACUCCGACUGCACGAUAACCCGAGCCUGAGGGCCGGACUCGAGAAUUGCAUCACGUGGAGAUGCAUCUUCAUCCUCGACCCCUGGUUCGCCGGAUCCUCCAAUCUGGGGCUCAACAAGUGGAGGUUUUUGCUGCAGUGUCUGGAGGAUUUGGAUCAGAGUUUGAGGAAGCUGAAUUCACGCCUGUUUGUCAUCCGGGGCCAACCGGCUGACGUCCUUCCCAAGUACCUCAAGGAAUGGGGUACCACAUGCCUGACGAUGGAGGAGGAUCCAGAACCUUUUGGAAGAGUCAGGGAUCACAACAUCAAUGUUCUAUGCAGGGAGAUGGGGAUCCAAGUCAAGUCCAAAGUGUCCCACACCCUCUACAAACUGGAAAAGAUCAUAGAGAAGAAUGGAGGGGUUGCCCCCUUGACAUAUGGGCAGUUCCAAGCAGUGCUUUCCCACAUGGAUCCACCCCCUGCACCUGUGCCCACAAUCACAACCCAGACCAUUGGGAAUGCUUAUACCCCUAUCUCAGAUGAUCAUGAUGAGCAAUUUGCUGUCCCCACUCUCGAGGAACUUGGGUUCGACACAGAAUCCUUGAAGCCAACCCUCUGGCCUGGUGGGGAGAUGGAGGCACUGGCACGCCUGGAGCGGCACCUGGAACGGAAGGCCUGGGUGGCCUCCUUUGGUCGGCCUAAGAUGACACCUCAGUCCCUCCUGGCAUCUCAGACGGGGCUGAGUCCUUAUCUCCGCUUUGGGUGCCUUUCGCCUCGACUCUUCCAUCAGCAGCUCUCUGAGCUUUAUCGUAAGAUUCGGAGGUGCCCACCCCCCCUGUCACUGCACGGGCAGUUGUUGUGGAGGGAAUUCUUCUAUACUGCUGCGACCAACAAUCCCAGUUUUGACAAGAUGCAGGGGAAUCCUAUCUGCGUUCAGAUCCCUUGGGACAAAAACCCUGAAGCCCUUGCCAAGUGGGCCAAUGGCCAGACGGGUUACCCAUGGAUCGAUGCCAUCAUGGUCCAGCUGAGGGAAGAAGGCUGGAUACACCAUCUGGCACGACAUGCAGUUGCCUGCUUCCUCACUCGAGGUGACCUCUGGAUCUCAUGGGAGGAAGGCAUGAAGGUGUUUGAGGAGUUGCUUCUGGAUGCAGACUGGGCAGUGAAUGCAGGGAACUGGCUCUGGCUCUCUUGUUCAUCAUUCUUCCAGCAGUUCUUCCACUCUUACUGCCCCGUUCGCUUUGGACGCAAGGCUGAUCCCAAUGGCGAUUAUAUCAGGAGAUACUUGCCAGUCCUCAAGAACUUUCCAACGGCAUACAUUCACGAGCCAUGGACGGCCCCAGAGGCCGUACAAAAGGCAGCCAAAUGCAGGAUUGGACAGGACUAUCCCCUCCCCAUGAUCAACCAUCUUGACGCAUCCAGGAUCAAUAUGGAACGGAUGAAGCUGGUCUAUCAGAAGCUGCACAACUACCGUGGGGGAUCAGUGAGUCCAUCAUCAUUCCACAUUCCAAUGAAGAGGGUGAAGUUGGAGUUAGAACCGUGGAAUGGGCAGGCACUCACCACCUGAACUACAGCACAUGAGUUCCAGAUGGUUCAUGUUCCUCAAUGCAAGCACUCUGAAGCACGUGCACUCGCACCAGCUGGAGAUCACACGAAGAGUCCCAAGCCUGAUCGAGUUUCAUUUGUGUCACAUUGACAUGUUGUGGACCUUCAUUCGAUGGCUUUCCACAUCCCUCUAUACAGUCCAAAAUCAGGAAACUGUUUCAGUUUAGACCUGUCUCUUGAAGUGCAUGAAUCAUCCAAUCAGUGGUGGCUUGUGACAUUUAGCGCUAGCAACU